UGGACCUUCCCUCGCUGUCACUUCGCAAGCUGCUCGCCCGCCUCAGCAACGCCCAACGGCCAACGGCCCAGACUCCGACUCGCGCCGACUCGCCGGAUCGUUCGGUGAGCGGGGCCUCCAUCGAAGCCGACGGCACCGGUCACGAAGUUACCCAGCAGCGGCGUUGAGUCUUCUCCAGUGGCGGCUUCGGGUGAUUUCUCCAGAUCCGCCCUUGGCAAGGAGACGCGCCACCAGCCUGGACUACGUGACAGCCACCAGCCCGGCGUUGCUCGCCGCACGCCGGCCCACCGUUCGCUGCUGCUGUGCUCAGUCCCGUCAGCCCCGCCGCCGCUUGAGAGCAGCGACGCCAUCGACGUCGCGCGGCCUACUCCACAGCGAGCUGCUCCGGCAAGGUAGCGGGCGUCGCUCAACGCACGUUGCUCUCUCGACGUCGCCGCUGCAAUCUCCGCUGCCGAUCUGAACUAUUUGUGAGAAAUGGCAUCGCUCCAGCCUCCCCUCCCAAAUUACCCCAUUGUGUCUAAUAACUUUGCUCCUGUCAGUCGAUCUUCAUCGCCACUACACAGUUCUACUAAGGUUUUCACCACUGCUGAUCAGACGACAAUGAACUCUUCCACAGUAAUGACGGCGCUUCUCUUCCCCGAGUCUGGGAUCACGAUGCCUCCGAGCAUCACUGUCACAGAUCGUUCGGCGGAGGCUGCUAGAGUUACUGCUGAUGUUUCGUUCCCGGAAAUCGCUGCGGUGAUGACUUCCCAUACUGUCGGCGUCUCUUCUCAGGCCGAUGGUCCUAAGGGCCUGAUCCCGCCUCGCUCGAUCGGGACUGCCCAUCCGAAAGUGGUCAGUCCGCUGUCUGCUCCGAAGGUGUCGCCGAAAGCCUCUUUUGCAGAUAAACUGAAAGCUAGGGAUGGCAGUCCGACAGAGCAAGUUUCCAAGCCUAGGGACGUCCCCGCUCAUGACUAUACAAUCCUCCGACCAGAGUUGGUGGAUCUCAAACGUUGCCUUGUUUUAGAGCCUUCUUUCCACCAAAGACAAGUCCAGCGUUUCGCCCAUGCGAUUCACGGCCGGCUGAUCCUCCGCAAAGGUGAGUCACCUCGGUUUGCAGCGGAUCUUUGGGAGGAACUUCAGCAGCUUUGGAAACCGGCUGCUGGUUGGUCGAUUCAUCCGCUCGGAAAAGGUAUACUCCAUCUCCAGGCUUGGGUGCCGAAUUUUGAUCCCUACAAAGCGAAUUCUACCCUGGUUCAGGUAUGGAUUAGAAUCUUUAACUUGCCACAUGAAUAUUGGCACCCAGAGGUUCUUUCCGGGGUCGCACGAGAAGUGGGUACGCCUAUCUUGAUUGAUGGUCAGUCUGCACAGGCUCAUGUGGGUCACUUUGCUAGAAUUCUUGUUGAGUUAGAUGUUUCGGCUGAUAUUCCUGAAGCUUUAGAUAUUAAGUGUGGCGAUAUUGAUUUUACUGUCAAGUUUGGAUAUGAGAAUUUGCCUUAUUACUGCUCCGUCUGCAAUGUUGUGGGACAUAAUUCUAACGAAUGCAGAAGAAAUAAAACGACCACGACCGAGGAACGUCGUCAGUCCAAGGUAGAUGACCACAGGGUUCAUCCUCGUCCAUACACCGGAAAUCAGGAAACUCCAGCAUGGGCUGGAAAGGAAAUUCCUGAGGUUGGACAGAAACUGAACUCUUCUUCAGACUCUCCUACCUCAUCCAAUCCCUUUGCUGUGUUGGUUUCUCUAGAGUUGCAAGAUGAACAGAGACUUGUUGGUGAUGAUAACAUGGACAAGCCGCAUUCUGAUGGAGGCCGAGCUUCAGAUGCUUGCAUCCCUCAGGACAGUCAGGGUAGAAAGGAUAUGGAACACCCUGGGUCAGAUGACGAAAAGAGCCAAAUUGAGGUAGUUGAGCAGGAAUACGAGAGGAGUUCUGCACCUCUGGUUGUUCAGCCGCUUGCUGUUGUGACUGACAACAACGCUGUGCUAACUUUGACUGGGACGACAGGACCCAUUUCUCGUACACGAGGGCGUCCGAAAGGGGCUAUCACCAAGAAGGGGAGAGUUUCUGAUUCUUCUAUCAAGCACAUGCUCCGUCGUAUCAUAAUCAAUGGCAUGUCUUCGGAUUUCCAAAACUCAGCACGCCGUGACGAUAUGCAUGGCCCAGGUCUUGACACUUCUUCGCCUGUGGAGUUCCUGAAUAAAGUGAAGUAUGCUCAGUCUCGAGGACAUAUACUGCAAAACUUUGUGAUCAACUCCUCUAACUCUACCGAUGCAGCCCAUGCUAUGUCGGUUGUGGCCUCUUCAAAAAUGAAGAAAAAAUGGGGCGAUAUGUUGGACGAUGAAGAGGACGAUUUAGACGAGGACGACCCUCUUAAAAUGUUCUCUUAGUCUUGGUUUGUUUUUUGGUUACCCGGGGUUUCUUGCGGGUGCUUUUGCUUGUUUCCUUUGUAUCUGGUCUCUCUUUUUUUCUUUUUCUUUUUAAUAAAAUUUCUAUUUCAGCAGCA